GUUUCUGACAACAUGUGGUUGAGGUGUCUUGGAUUUGCUCUUCUUCUGUGGAUUCCUGGAGAGCUGCAUGCUCAAAGUGCACAGAAACCUUGUAGUGCUCCCAGCCUGGACAAAGGGUUUUGUCUCCCUGUGCAGGAAUCCUAUCCUCAUGAAACACACAUCACAUAUGCCUGUGAUAAUGGAUACAAACCUAUAGUGGAAGGCUGGUGGGCAACCAUCACAUGUCAAAAUGGUACAUGGUCUCAUGAUCCACAGUGUAUUGACGAAACAGCCUGCGUUUCACCAACAAUUCCCAAUGCAAAGAAUAUCCAAAGCUCAAGUGUUAUUUAUAAAAAUGGACAAAUAUUUGAAAUAAAAUGUAACAAAGGAUAUGUAUCCAAAAAACAGCAAAACUCACCUCAGUGUAAAAAUGGAACAUGGAUCUCUGUGCCUAUCUGUGAAAAAAGUCCAACAGCAUGCAGAGAACCACCCAAUAUUCCCAAUGCGGUCAUCAUUCAUCAGAAACACCAGGAGGUGUUUGAUAUGGGUUCAGAAGUGGAGUAUCAGUGUAGAGAUGGAUAUGUUACACAGGAUAAAAACACAAAGAAAUCCAUCUCUUGUAAUAAUGGAACCUGGACUGAAGGCCCAUUGUGCAAACCUCCUUCCAGCUCCAUGUCUGAUGAAGACGACAUUAAACCUCCUUUUGUACCAAUCGAGAAUUGUGGAAAAGUCCCUCAAGUCCCAAAUGGUGAACAAGACAAACAUGAAAACAUUCAUCUGAAGUACACCUGUGGAUACUUUUAUAAGUUGGAGGGUCCAGAGAUUGUGGUGUGUCAGAGUAACGGAGAGUGGUCUGAAAUCCCCACCUGCAGAGAUGAUUUUUGCGAGAUCAACACUGCAGAACAUCCUGACCUGAUAAAUGUUGGAGUUAAAUCCAUCAAAAAUGGCAAGACAGAGCAGAUGAAGUGCAAAGACGUAUAUGUUUUUCCAAAUUAUUCUGUGGUCAAGUGCAAUAAUGGAAAACUGGAGAAGAGCGCAUGUUGUAACACCUUCCAAAUCAACACGGGUGUCCGAGGCUGCAACAAAUAGAAGAUGCUUCCGACUUCCAUUGUUGGACAGAACAUGACGACUCUCGCACACUGUUAGGUGUUUGUUGUUGUUGAUUUGUUUAACCAAUAAAGAUCUACAGUUUGAAAAGUAAA